GGGGCCCUGUCACGGAAUUAUGAAAUUAAGGAUAUAAGGAUGCUGUAGUUACCAGGCCCCCAAGGAACCAGUUGGACUGCGCCGGCAGCGCCCAAAGAUCUGAGUUCAGCCGGAUUUGAGUUCGAGACAUCUCUUCCUUUAAUCACGAUCCCGAUUUCGAGCCCGACCCCGAUCUCGACUCGAACCCAAACCCAAUCCACAUUUAAAUAUGGAUGCCGCUGAUUUUUGGCAGCAGGCUCGUGCUCCGUUCGGCUUGCAAACAGCAUUGCAUCAGUACAACUCCAACCAGAGCACUUCCCAUCCCCAUCACAUCAUGCACUCGACCAUAAUCCCGCAGGAAGAAAACGAUCUGUUGUCGGGCAUUCAUCCCCAAGACGGGACUGCUGCAGGAAGUGACUCCGAGCCCGGCCAGGAUCCGCCGAAGAAGCCCGACACCAGCCAUCAUCAUCACCAUAGCUUGCAACAGCACAUGCCACAAGCGGAACACCAGCAGUCCUAUGGCGGCCAAAAUCCAGCUCCCCAACUGAGCAACCAUCACUUGCUAUUCAAUGCGGCUGCCGCUGCUGCGGCCGCGGCUCAUCUGAAGUCCACUGCUGCCAUGCAGAACAAUCUAUCGUCACCGCUGAGAGAUCAGAAGCAGAACUAUGGCUUGUGCGGGAUCAAACCGAAGCUGGAGGUCGAUUCCAAGCCAAGCCGACAGCAGUCCUUGAAUGAUUGCCAUCAGCAGCUGACAUAUGCCGGCGAUUUCUAUGAUGAUAAAGGAACGGGGGCCACGGAAACACCGGCUAGUGUGGGCUCCACCAUCGAUGCAGAGUCGCAGUCGCAGCCGAGUGUGGCAAUGGCAGGCAGAGGAUGUCCUCAAGCGCAGCCAGAACUCGGCAGCAAAGCCACUCUGUCGCCAGGAGGGGAAGAUUGCGGAGCAGCUGGUGCGGCCUCGGUCUGCGGUCCGGGAUCAGAGUCUGGUCCGGCGACGAUCAUCAGCAGUAGUCACCAGCAGCAGUCGCCGCAGCAUUCAACAACGCCCUCCGGCGGCAGUUCGACGCCUGAAAUGAAAUUUAACAAGGACAAAAUGGCCAACGACAUUCAGCUUCAGCUAUCUCGGUCGAGCAGCGCUGCCGCGAUCAGUGAACGCACCCUUGAAGAAUGUUGGUCAACCCUGCAACGACUCUUCAUGCACAAGAGCGCCAUGCAACAGAUCCAACAGCAGAUACCACGCGUCGGUUUGGGUGGCGGCGGAACUGGGACAUCUAAUUUGGGUGGCAGCAUUACGCCAGGCCUUGGGACGGACACCAAGCCACAUCAGUGCCAGCAGUGCAUGAAAAGCUUCUCCAGCAACCACCAGCUCGUCCAGCACAUUCGUGUCCAUACCGGCGAAAAGCCCUACAAGUGUUCCUACUGUGAUCGUAGAUUUAAGCAGUUGUCGCAUGUCCAGCAGCAUACACGUCUGCACACAGGAGAAAGACCCUACAAAUGCCAUUUGCCUGACUGCGGUCGCGCGUUUAUCCAGCUUUCAAACCUUCAGCAACAUCUGCGCAACCAUGACGCUCAAGUGGAAAGGGCAAAAAAUCGUCCAUUUCAUUGCAAUAUAUGUGGCAAAGGAUUCGCCACGGAAUCCAGCCUGCGCACGCAUACAUCAAAAGAGCUACAGCUGCAUCUUGGUGUCUUGCAGCAGCAUGCGGCACUCAUUGGCGGUCCCAAUGCUACCUCCUGUCCCGUUUGCCACAAGCUCUUCCUGGGCACGGAAGCCCUGGUGGAUCACAUGAAGCUCGUUCACAAAGAUAAAAGCCCGCCACCCAGUGGAUCAGCCGUAAAUCAAUUCAGUGAUCUCAAUCAGACGGCAACGACGGGAAGCGGGAAUGGAACUGGAACUGGAGUUAGCAGCGGGGAACCGCAGUGCGCAGCAUCUGAAUCAACCUGUGUCCAAGCUUCCAGUGGCUCCAACCUAAUAGAUAGCUACCUGGGCAAGCGGAGAACAGCCAACCACCCGUGUCCAGUGUGUGGCAAGCAUUAUGUCAAUGAGGGGUCCUUAAGAAAACACUUAGCCUGUCACGCGGAGACCUCUCAGCUGGCCAACACCCUGCGAAUGUGGCCCUGCAGCGUUUGUCAAGCGGUCUUUACCCAUGAAAACGGGCUACUAACCCACAUGGAAUCGAUGCGUAUGGAUCCGAAGCAUCAGUUUGCGGCUCAAUAUGUCUUGUCUCGAGCAGCGGCUGAACAGCGCGAGCGUGACUCUAUCUUAGCGGCAACCCUGGCGGCCAGCAGCGGCUCCGGCGGAACUGCCGCAAGAUUGGGUAUUAGCGGAGGAGUAGACCCAUCCCGAAACCUAUUGCCGAUAGUUGGCGGCGCCUCCCGCCACUCAGAUGGUUCCAAUUCAAAGUGCCCAUCGCCAUCGGUCAAUUCCGAAUGCUCCUCAACAGGACGCCUCUCAUCCUCCACAGCCUCUGAUCAAGAUCAGGAUCAUGAUCAGAGUGAGAAUGAGAAUUGUCUGAACAAUAAUAACUCUAACUCAAAUUUAAACAAAAUGACUGAGCUGCGACGAUUGCCCAGUGCCAAUCAUGGCCAAUAUGGACACAUCGACUCCAUGGACACUGAAAUGCAUGUGGCCAAUAGGAUGUCCCUAAUGGCGGCAGCGGCAGCCGCCGUGGCGGCUUCAAGACCACAGCAAGAGGGAGGAAACGUCGAUAGUGCCGCUGUCGUGCCCAGUGCAGCGGUCCAGGCCGCCGUUGUCAACCUUGCGGCGGCCAUGAGAAUGAACACAUCUAGCAAUGGCACAGCGGGAGGAUAUCAGCAGCAACAUUGUGGUGAACACCUUUCUCAGGCACACCAUCCACACCCACAUUCACACCAUGCACACACACAUCCCCAACCCCCGCAUCAUCAUCAACAGCAUCAGCAACAGCAGCAGCAUCCAGGAGCGCAGCAGCCACAAUUGUCCCAUUUGCUGGGGCAAUCGCAUCCUGGCAACACCAACUCCUCCCGAUCCCAACGAUCGCCAAAUAUCAAUGUGCCAAGUCUGCAAAACGAAUCCUCGCCUACCACAAUGAACGUUCAUAUGAUGCGCGGUUCUCUGGAACUUCAGGAUGGCGCCCCCCACUUGGGCUCCUUGCACCCCAUAGAUGUUCUUCAGCAGCAACACCAUCAUCAGCAGACGUCCAACUAUUCGCAGCAUGCCGUGGCACCCACCAGCAGUAGCAGUCAUCCACAUUCGCAUGCACAUCACACCGCGUCUCAUCACCUGCAUCCGGAUCCGGAGACGGCGUUGCGGAUUCAUCAGGCGGAGGCGAUUCUGCGAUCGCACACGGAGGCGGCCUUUCGGCUGGCCACCGGCGCGGCGGGAGUGAAAAGCGAGUCGGAACAGCAUCUCAAUGGGAGCAAUAAUGCCAGUAGCAGAUUCCUUACGCAUCAAACGGAUCACCAUGAACUGCCCUCCAGUUCCUGAAGCUAAAUCGAUGCCAAGAACCGUGAGGAAAAAGUGGCAAGAACAGAACAGAAACAGACCAGAGAAUAGACGAUAUAGUAGAUUUAGGAACAGACAACAAAAGCAGAGAAAAGCAACAGAUAAAAGACAACAAAAAACAAAACUGAAAAAUGAUGGAGAACAGAAUCAAGUACAACGAUUUCGCAGUUGAAAACAUUUAGCAUUAAAUAAAAUUAAAAACUAAAUAUAAAUACGAACGCAUAAGGAUCUGUAUGGUAAACAUUUAUUUCAAACUAAAGAAAAUAAAAGGUGUGUUGAGGU